ACAGGUAGAUGGCAUUUGUAAUUACACAGUAUUAUUUCCAGAUAUACUUGUUAUUAUGCCUUCACUACUAAUGAAGGGUAGCUUUGGUUUGUCAAGUAUCAUUGUAUGCAGCCACAGGAACAUCAGAUGACUAAACGUAGCUUCUUAUAAAUGUUUUCAAUUGUUACAGAUAGAGGUGUCCCCUGCAAACGCGUGGACAGACGAGCCUGUUUGGUGGACCACAGACAUGUUCAUGUGGAUUUCACCAGCAGAGGCUUCCCAGUAGACCAGCACAUGCCUCUGCCAUUUCCCCUGCAACUGCUCCUGCCCCCUCUGCUGCUCCUGCCUCCUCGGCUGCUCCUGGCACCCCGCGGCCCACCAUGAACUUAUCAAUGUUUACUAAAUCACGGUUUGGAGGUUCGCAAGGUGCCACAGCUAAGCCAAACGUGAAUGUGGUCAGGAAAGCUGUUCAACCCCCUUCCAGCCAUGCUACGGCCUCUGUGAGGACCACCUCCCCUUUCUCCCAGCCCCCUUCCAGCCCUGCUACGGCCUCUGUGAGGACCACCUCCCCUUUCUCCCAGCCCCCUUCCAGCCCUGCUACGGCCUCUGUGAGGACCUCCGCCACUGGUGCCUUCUCCCAGGCUAUUGAUGAGCAUGAGCUCUCAGCUCCUGGCCCUGCUCGUGGCCCUGCUCCUGGCCCUGCUCCAUUCUGGCUGCCUGUGGAAAUGAUGAAGACAAUCCCUGUUCAAGAUCAGCGGUGGAUUGCUUCUACUUUGUUCCAUGCUGGCAAGCUGCGGCCAGAUGUCAAGCUCUGGUAUGAGCCACCAGUCCCCUCCCUGAUUUAUCAUCAGGCUCCAACACCAGACCGCUUUUUUACUCACCGGCUCCUGGCGUGGAUGCCCUACCACCUGUGGAAGGUGAGGGUGAUCUGUCCCACCUGUGGUAAGCAGUUGACAGGAUAUGGUGUCCACAAGAGGGCACGCAAGGUCCUGGACAUCGACAGGUACUACCUGAUGGUGACGGAGACACUCAGGUGCACUGUGUGUCGCCUCAACCAUCUGGCCACCAGUCAGACUGUCCUGGACCAGCUGGACCUGCCUUGCCGGAGGAAGUUCCGGCUGAUCUUGACGCGCAAGUGA